GCAGGAUGCCGCGGAGGCCACGCUGAGCGCUCUGGAUGCCAUCACCCACCCCAUGGGGAAGUACGCCAAGCUCACCGUGGAAGGCCUGGCGUUCGCGUACAGCGGGGAUGUGCUGCACGUGCAGAAGAUGUUGCAGGCCUGCACCGAUCACCUGGAGGAAUCGGAGUCCUUCCACCAGGCCGCGGCGGUGCUGGGCAUCGCCCUGAUCGCCUUCGGCGAGGAGUGUGGUGCCGAAAUGGCUUGCCGGUCCAUCGACCACAUCCUUCAGUACGGAGAGAUCACUCUGAGGCGGGCCGUGCCGCUGGCGCUGGCGAUUCUGCACUUGUCCAAUCCCAAGGUGCUGGUGAUCGACACUCUGUCCAAAUUGUCCCACGAUGCAGACCAGGACGUGGCCACAGGGGCGAUCAUGAGCAUGGGCCUGAUAGGUGCCGGCACCAACAACGCGAGACUCGCAGGCUUGCUGAGGCAGUUGGCAGCUUACUACGCGAAGGACCCGAACGCGCUGUUCAUGGUCAGAAUCGCCCAGGGUUUGCUCUACAUGGGCAAGGGCCUGCUCACCAUCAAUCCCCUGUUUAGCGAUCGUUUCCUGGUGGAUCCGGUGGCCUUUGGGUCCUUGACGGUGCUGGCACAUUCCGUGCUGCACCUCAAGAACACCAUCUUGGGCAAGAGCCACUACCUGCUGUACCAUGUGGUGCCGGCAAUGCGUCCAAGAUGGCUGAUUACUGUUGACGAGGAGAUGAACGAGCUGAAAGUGCCCGUUCGCGUGGGUCAGGCGGUGGAUGUCACGGGCAUGGCGGGCCGCCCGAAGCAGAUCACGGGGUUCCAGACCCGCACCACUCCUGUGCUCCUCAACUUCCAGGACAGGGCCGAGUUGGCCACAGAGGAAUACCUGCCUGUGACUCCGGGCACCAUCUUGGAGGACUUCGUCAUCCUCAAGAAGAACCCCAACUACAAGCCUGCCACAGCAGGUGCUUAGGGACCGCACAGCUUUUCAGCCAGGCCGGAACCAACAC